AUGGCAACAAGAGAUAGAACACCAUCAUAUCUUUUAUUAAAAAUCGAAUAUAACAAUAGAAGACCCAUUAACCAUAAGAAAUCAACAUCAAAUUAUGAAACAUUAGAUGAAGAGAAUAGAAAUGGUAUGAUACCAUUAGUAUCAUUAAACAAUAAUAAUUAUAAAAAUGGCGCAAAUAUUGAUACUAGUCCAAAAUUACAACAAUUAAAUGUAAUACCUGCGUGGAUGCAAAGAAUAAAUGAUAUAGAUGUAAAUCUAUCAAAAAUUCAUUCUCAAAUUGAAAAAUUAAAAGGAUAUCAUGAUAAAAAUUUAUUACCAGAUAUGAGUUUGGAAGAUCAAUCAGAUUUAGAAAGAUCAAUUGAAAUUACUACUUCUGAAACUACAAGAUUAUUCCAUAAAACACAUGAUAUGAUAAUAAAUUUAGGUGGUGAUAAAGGUACAAUUUUUACAUCAGAAGAUAUAAAGAUUAAAAAAAAUGUACAACAAUCGAAAUCAGCGAAAUUACAAUCAUUAUCAGUAUUAUUUAGACGAAAACAAAGUAAUUAUUUAAAAGCAUUAAGAAAAAGGUCAAAUUCAUUUACAGAUUUAUAUAAUAAAAGUGGACUUGCUAAAGAAGAAGAAGAAGAAGAAGGAGAAGGAGAAGAGGAAAAUCAACUUUGGCAAGAAAUCGAAUUCGAUUUUACAAAUGAACAAAAACAAAUAGUCAAAUUAAUGGAAAUUGAAAUUUCAUCAAGAGAUAAAGAAAUUAGAAAUCUACUUGAAUCAAUCAAUGAUUUAACUCGAUUAUUUCAAGAUAUAAGUUUAUUAGUUGCUCAACAAGGUACUAUAUUAGAUAGAAUAGAUUAUAAUUUAAAUGAAACCGAGUCAAUGGUAACUGACGCAACAGAUGUAGUUAUUAUAAUAAAUAAAAAGCAUAAAGAAUAUAGAUCAAGAUUAUGUAUAUUAAUGGUUUUAGUUGCUUUAGUUGUUUCAAUGAUUUUCAUUAUUAUUUUAAAAAUGGUAUUCUAA